GUUGCCAAAAUCAAGGUGCUGCAGGCCCCUGUUGCAGGCUUUUAAAAACCUUUUGCCCUAACCAUCAUUUGCCUAAGCCAAUGGCUGCAUCAGUGACAGAGCUUUUUCACGCUAUAACUUCCAAGUUUAACAUCAAGCUUGGUAGGAUUGACAAUUCCAAAGGACUGGAAUUUUUGCUACAUAAAGCUGCAGGAGAGGGACACAAGAAGUUGCUCGUCAAAGUAUUAGAGAAAGGAAUAUCGGUGGAUUUCCAAAAUGACAAAAACCAGACUCCAUUGUUUUGUGCAGUCUUACAAGAAAGAAAAAAUGUGAUUGAUACAUUACUGGAACAUGGAGCAAACCCAAAUGAGCGUUGUGACAAUUUUUGCUGCACCCCAGUUCACCUCGCUUGUAGAAUUGGUUGUGUUGAAAUAUUGGAGAAGUUGUUAAGUGCAGGGGGUGACUUGCGUCUUCAUGACAUUGAUGGAGAAACACCACAGGAUUGGGCAAUGAACAUAGAUGAUCCUAAAAGACGAAAGAAAAUGCUCGAUUUUAUAGAGAAAACGCGACUGUUUGCGAUGACCCACUCUGGAAGGGAUAUAUUAUUAGAAAAUCAGUCAAGUCAUUACAUGAACAGACUGGUUCCAUUUUAUUUCAAGAUCAUAAUGAAUUUUCUGUUGUUUAUGGUGACCUUGGCACAACUUGAGAGCCAGAGACCCGGUACCUCCCAGAGACCAGGACCAGAGAACUGCCCCAGGAUCGAGGCCAAUUUUGCAGAGAUUCUCGUUCCCUCUGGCACGACCAGGAUCGUGUCUGUGAAGGCCAUGGCUCUGCAUGAUUUUAUGAGCAGUUUUGAGUGUAAGUUCUACAAGAGCGACAGAGUGGAGACGGUGCCUGCGACUAAGACAGGGUCCAACGUCAUAGAGUGUAAUCCUUCCCAGGCGAUGGAGUUUGCCUAUGUGGGGAAUGCUCAACAUCAGAAUGUCCGCUUUGAGAUUACUUGGGGCAGCGGAAGUCGACCUUUGGAUAACCCCUCGAAUAUUCAAGUUAAAGUUUACAAGUGCUCAGCCAUGGCAAACAGCUGCGGCAGCUGCCUCACUAUGGAGGACAAAUACAACUGUGGAUGGUGCUCCGGUCAGAACAAUGUCUGUACCAUACAGGACCAGUGUCUGGGGGAAAUGGACACUUGGUUGGCCGGGAACUCUGUUUGCCCCAACCCCCUGAUUCACAGCUUCUCUCCAAAAACUGGACCAAUCGAAGGAGGAACCAUGGUAACAAUUAGAGGAGUGAAUCUUGGGAAGACCUUUGCAGAUAUCCAAGAUGGCGUCAACGUCGGUGACAGACAGUGUAGACCUCUCCUAGAAUACUACGAGCCUGCCACGAAAAUUGUGUGUAUCACUGGUGAGGUGCCCUCAGCCAAGUCCAAGAAGGUCCAAGUUAUUGUCAGCACACGUUUCACUGCAUCCUCUGUGGACAACUUUUCUUAUGUGGUUCCAAGGAUAAACAAAAUUUUCCCCACACUGGGGCCCAGGUCUGGGGGCACCAUUCUGAAUAUCACGGGGACCCACCUCAAUGCUGGCUCCAAGAUCAGAGCUAUGGUGGGGCAGCUGAAUUGUACCAUUACACACAUCAAUAAUAGCACUACCAUGGGGAUCACCAAUAACUGGGUGACCUGCAUUACCUCACCCGCAGAGGAUAUAAUCCAGACAAGAGUUGCCAUGGUGUUUGAUGACAAAGCCAAAAAGCUGAGUGAUGAAUAUUUUAGCUACAUGAAGGACCCCAACAUCACCUCUGUUGAGCCUGACAGGGCAGUGUUGAGUGGAGGUAUUAGAGUAACUGUGACAGGGGAAGGUCUAAAUACUGUGCAGGAACCCAAGAUGUAUGUCACAUAUCAAGGUCAAGACUACAUCAGUCCUUGCAACAGCACAUCAGCAAGUCGUAUGAUCUGUAAAUCUCCUUGCAUCAUGAAAUGCGAUAAAGAGGAAGGCCGCCGAAAGAGAGACGUGAACCCCACUGCCAACACUCCUCUAGAACUGGAGUAUGGAUUCAUCAUGGAUAAUGUGAUGUCCGUGAGGAACUAUUCAAGGAACAAGGGGGACACUUUUUCCAUUUUCCCAAAUCCUGAGUUUGAUUCCUUCCCCGGUGGAACCAAGUUUUUCCAGACCAAGAAUGAAUAUUUGACAUUAAAUGGCAAAAAUCUGAACCUUGCCAUGAAUGAGGACGAUGUGAUGAUCAGGAUAGGGGACAGCUUCUGUAACGUCACCUCUAUCUCCCCCACACAGCUGACCUGUAUUCCGCCACUGAAACAGCCAUCUUCCUUGGAGGGUAACAAAGACCCAGAGGUUGUGGUGAGCGUUGGAGACAACUUCAGAAAAACACUUGGUGUUAUCAAGUACGAGGAAGGUGGUCUCUCCCUGACAGCCAUUAUUGCCAUAGGGGCUGGUGUAGGGGCAUUCUUCCUGAUCUGCCUCCUUAUAAUCAUUCUUGUCUGUGUGGCAUAUCGCAAGAAAUCCCAAGAGAGCGACCGCGUGAUGAAGAGAAUGCAGACGCAGAUGGACGUUCUGGAGAUUCGCGUGGCUAAGGAGUGCAAAGAAGCCUUUAUAGAGUAUCUAGAAACAGACAUCACUGACUCUACAUCUGACAUUGGUAUAUAUAAUGAUGGUUGGUAUAGUGAACCAAAACAAUUAACUUUUUUCCAUUGAUUUUUUUUAAAGUAU